AUGAGCCGCUCCCCAUCCCCCACCGACGCCCCCGCGCCCAAAUCCGACCCCGAUCUCUUCUUUCCCGCUUCGGACUCGGAGGAUGAGGACUACGUUCCUGGUCAAGACGGCGAGGCGGACUCACCAUUCAAACCUACUCCGAGGGCUCGGAAAGGGGCUUCCUCUAGCGGGGCUACUGUCCGUAUGCGGUCCAGUCCGUCUGCCGACGUCAAACCUACCGUCUCGCGCGAUACACGCGCCGUAUCGACCGACAGCGAUAUCGUCCCCUUCUCGCCCGUCAAGCGCCCCGCCGCUUCCUCUUCAUCCUCCUCCACCGGCGGAUCCUCCCGGAAACGUCCCUCGCCUCGCCGCUCCCCCUCCCACGCCAUCCCAGCCAGCUUCACCGGCGGCUACCUCGGCGAAUUCGUAUGCGAAGGCUGGUCCCUCUCCAAAGGCAAAGGGUACUGCACCCCCGGCUCAAAAAUCUCCUUCGAGCGCCCAAAACCAAAACCCGUCAACUCUGUCGAGGCGGAAAGCAAGUUCGCGGAUAGGGCAAAGGAGAAGGUCGGGCCCGCACGGCUCGUGAAUGGCAAGAUGGUGCAUGCCAAGGUGGGCGCGGUGAAGGCCAAACAGGCGACGCUGGGGAGUAUGAUGGCCAAGAAGGCGGCGCCGGCUCCGGGGAAGAAGGGAGGGGAUAAGAAGGCGCCGGUGGAUCAGAUCAUCAGGUUUAGGAAUGACAGGGGGUUUGAGGUUGGGAGGUUGAGUGUUGGGGAGGCGGGUUUUUUGGUGCAUCUGUUGGAUACGGGGAUCAUCUCCCUCGCCGGACAUGUCAUCGACUGCCCACCGGUCUUGUCGACGGGCGCGACCAUCCUCCUCAGCGUCCGGGUGUACCUCACGAGGGAAGCUUUCGUGCAGGUAGAGAAGCAUGACAGGGCGAACGACGGGUCAUUCUGGCAAGAACAAGGCGAGACCGUAGAGGAAGAGGGGAUGCGGUUCCGCAAAGACGCUCUGGGGUCUUUGUUCAGUAGAAUAGGCGUCAAGCCCAUCCGGUCCAACGCCCUCCUUCUCGCCCAGAAGAAGAAUGGCAAAGCGGAAAUCAACGAAAAAUCCCUCCAGCACUUCUCCGAUAAGCCGAAGCUCGCCAGCAGGGGAAGUAGCCCGUCCAAGAAGAGCGACUCGAGCGGGAGCAAGGAGAAGGACAAGAAGUCGGCCAAGAAUAGUGAUGGUGAGGAGGAGGAUGAAGGGGAGGGGAGUGGGGAUGAGGCGGAGAAGCUGGAUGAGGGUCAGAUGAAUGAGAUUGACUCGAUUUACCGAAAGGCACAACAGGGGGAUAAUCUGCUCGAGGAGACGACACCGCCGAGUACAUUCCUGUAUACGCUGCGACCGUAUCAAAAACAGGCGUUGACGUGGAUGAACGCCAGGGAGACUGGGGAUUCGAGUUCGGUCAGAGAGUCCAGUCUCCAUCCGCUCUGGGAGGAGUAUGCCUUCAAGAAGGAACAAAAGCCCGGAGAGCCCAUCGAGAUCGACUCGGAUAACGAAGAUGUCGACCCCUCCCGCAAGUUCUACUGGAACCCCUAUUCCGGCGAAAUGUCCCUCACCUUCCCCACAUCCAACACCAAAGCCCGCGGCGGAAUCCUCGCGGACGCGAUGGGGAUGGGCAAGACGUGCAUGAUGAGCUCGCUCAUCCAUCUCAACCGGACCGGGGACGUAUCGGACGAAUCACUCCCAUUGCCAGAAACGGACGAGCCGCCUUCGAAACGCACCAAAUUCCUCCAGGUCACCCUGUCGAAUCAGUGGCGCGCGGUCCCCACCGCCCCUAAACCCGCUGCUGCGGUCGCCAGGGCGACACUCGUUGUCUGCCCAGUGUCGCUUGCGAGUCAGUGGCAUGAGGAGCUGGGCAAGAUGUCGGAGAAGGGCUCGGUGAAUAGCUUAAUGUGGCAUGGGAACGAUCGUGUGGAUGUGGGGCGAUUGUUGGCGCAGGAGGGGAACAAGAGGGUGGAUGUGCUCAUUACGAGUUAUGGGACGCUGGCGAGCGAGUUUCAGAAGUGGAGGAGGAACAAGGAUAAGGCGAAUUAUGAGGGUGGGAGUAUUUACGAUCAUGAGUUCUUGAGGAUUGUGCUGGAUGAAGCGCACAAUAUCAAGAAUCGGACGGCGAUGGUCUCAAAGGCGUGCUAUGAGCUGAAGGGGCAAAGGCGGUGGGCAUUGUCGGGGACGCCGAUUGUCAAUCGACUGGACGACCUUUACUCUUUACUGCAUUUCCUCCGACUCGAACCAUGGGGACACUACUCGUUCUUCCGGAGCUUUGUCACCAUCCCUUUCCUCGCACAAGACCCGAAAGCCCUCAAUGUCGUCCAGUACAUCCUGGAGUCGUGUCUACUCCGAAGGGAGAAGACUAUGCGGGACAGGGAUGGGAAACUCAUUGUGGAUCUGCCACCAAAGACUGUCGAGCUCCAGGUGCUCCCCUUCUCACGGCCGGAACGGCUCAUCUAUAAACACCUGGAAGAUCGGGCCAAGCGCCGGUUCAUCCAGAUGGACGCAGAAGGACGGGCGAUGUCGAAUUAUACAAGUAUCUUGGCGAUGCUGAUGAAACUCCGACAAUGUGUUGAUCACCCCCUCCUCGUACUCAGCAAGACGACCGAAGAGGACGGCGCGGAGGACAAGCUACUCGAUGCCGAUACCGGCGAAUCUACCGUUUCUCUCCGAGAUAUGAUCGCCAAGUAUGCCGGAGCGAAGGACGACCCGGACUCGACAGAUGGCGAGGUCGACUCGGCGUACGCCAAGAAGGUGCUCCAGGAGAUUGAAGAGUCGGGGACGAGCGAGUGCAUGUUGUGCACGAGCGAGAUAUUUGACGAGGUGCUGCUGCCUUGUUAUCAUCGCGGGUGUCAGGACUGUAUAGUCAACUGGAUCGGAUCCUGCGAGGACCAAGACAAACCCGCCAUGUGCCCAAUGUGUCAAAAGGGGCCUAUCGCCAUGUCGGAUCUCCGGUCUGUACAGCGUCAACGGAAACGCAUCAAUCCUAUUACCGGCCGUUCGACGCGCGCCGCCGUUACCAAUGGCAACGGCAAGGAGGAGGGCGAAGGCAAGGACGAGGCGGUCACGAUUGGCAAGGUGGAUUUGGUGUCGAGUACGAAACUCAGGGCGCUGGUUAGGCGGCUGGAGGUGCUGAGAGUGGAGGAUCCGGAGAUGAAGGCGUUGGUGUUUAGCCAGUUUACGAGUUUCCUCGAUCUGAUCGAGACGACCUUGGACAAGGCUGGUAUACGAUACUUACGUUUUGACGGAUCCAUGAGCCAAUCUCAGCGCGCUACGACCGUCGAGCAGUUCGGAAAGCCCAGUAAAGAACCCGUCAUCCUCCUUAUCUCGCUCAAGGCGGGUGGUGUGGGACUGAACUUGACCAUGGCAAAUUACGUCUUCAUGAUGGACACAUGGUGGAACGAAGCGAUCGAGCAACAAGCCAUCGACCGCGUCCACCGUCUCGGCCAAAACAAGCCCGUCUACGUCACCCGUUAUGUCAUUCGCGGCACCGUAGAGAAACGAGUCAUGGCGGUCAGUGCGAGAAAGACGGCGUUGAUUAAUGCGAGUCUGGGGGGCGGGGCGCAGAAGGAUAAGGGGGCGAGUUUGGCAGAUAUGAGGAAGAUCUUUGGGCUGGAUGAGGAUGAUGAGGAGGAAGAGGAGAUGUGA